CUCCCACAACACUCGAAGCAGCUCGCUCUCCCUCCCACAACACUCGAACCAGCUCUCUCUCUCUCUCUCUCUCUCCAAUCCCAAACCAUGUCUGAAACUCCAUCGCCCUUUCUGAAACUCGCCCAAAUCCCAGGCCGAGGCCGUUCUCUCAUCGCCUCGCGCCAUAUACAACCCGGGCAGAUACUCCUACAAGACUCUCCAAUCCUACUCUACCCCUCCACCCUCUCUUUCUCAUCCCCCACCUUCUGCUCCCAUUGCUUCCGUACACUCUCCUCCCAAACCCCUUCUCUCUCUUGCCCUUCCUGCCCCAACCUCACCCUCUUCUGUUCCCAGUCCUGCAAAUCCUCUGCUCUAACUUCCUCCCACUCUCCCUCCUUCUGCAGAACCCUAACCCUAAUCCGUUCCUCCUCUUCUCUAAACCCCGACCUCCAAACCCAGCUCCUCUUCCUCAUCGCCGCUUACAAUCUCGCUUCCGUCUCCCCGUCCGACUUCCACCGACUUCUCUCCCUCGAAGGCGACCCGUCGCCGGACCCCGCCGAAUCCUAUAUCCUCCAUUCCUUCCUCUCCUCCCUCUCCCUUCCCCUCCAAACUGCCGUCGGAUUCUCUCCCGAGCUGACCGCUGCCUUGCUGGCGAAAGACAAGCGAAAUGCCUUUGGCCUGAUGGAGCCCUUUAACGGGAGCGAUGAGAGGUCGGUGCGGGCUUACGGGAUCUACCCGACUGCGUCUUUCUUCAAUCAUGAUUGUCUCCCAAACGCGUGCAGGUUUGAUUACGUUGAUAGGGUUGGGGACGGGAACACGGACAUUGUAGUGAGGGCAAUUCAUGAUGUCGAGGAAGGGAGGGAAAUCUGCUUGAGUUAUUUUCCGGUGAAUUGGAGUUACAAGGAUCGGCAGCGGAGGUUGAUGGAGGAUUACGGGUUUGUGUGCGACUGUGACAGGUGUAGGGUCGAGAGAAAUUGGAAAGAUGAGGAGGAGGAUGAGGAGUGUAUGGAAGAAGACGGAGAUGCACGGAUGGAUGGUGCGGAGGAAGAGAAUGGGGAUGAGGAUUUUCCUCAUGCUUAUUUCUUUGUGAGGUAUCUUUGUGAGAGGGAGAAUUGCGGGGGGACAUUAGCUCCAUUGCCACCGUCAGAGGGUUUGGUGUCCAACGUUAUGGAAUGCAAUGUUUGUGGACAGUUGAGAACUGAGGAAGAUGCUGGUGGAGAUAAUGGGGAAGAUGGAGUUAUGCUGGAUGAGUGAGCUUGCUUUUGGCUUCGGUUCUGCAUUGUUGCUUGCCAUGGCAAUAUAAUGAGGUAUCAACUUUUAAACCUUGCUUGUCAUGUACACAGAAUUUGAUCUUUUCUAAAGGUUUGCCUGUUUUUAUUUUUUAUUUUUAUGAGUACACCUUAGUGCAUCUGUUUAGGCAUAAAAGUAUGCAUAGUUCAGAUAGCUAGUGUGCCUGAGUUGGAUUUUACAUUGCCUCCCCUUAUUUUGAUGGAUUUGGAAAUUUUACUGGUAUAUAUAUAUUUUUUUGGCUUAAAUAUUUCCAUUUGAUCAUCUUUAUGUAUACUACAUUAAAAGAGAGUUUCAUCUUUUGGGUCAGAUUACUGUUGAGUCCUGAAAGUGCACUUUGCAGAGCAUACCUACUGUGGCCCACAUGCUUGCGCAAUCUGAGGUUAUAUCAUGUGCGCCACACUCUGGGUGUUUUGUUCAUGAAACCAGAGGAUUAUAUGAGUUAACUAUGAAAUUUUGGUUAUGUUGUUUUCAGCUGUACAUUCCUUUUAUGAACUAUGCACCAUCUGAUGAAUGGACCAGUUUGCGUUUCAUACACAGACAUCUACAUAGUUGGGGAUAUCUGAUGGAUGGUUUAGAUGGCUAGGUGACCAAAUUUUGAGGAUAUCAUGCAACCAAAUUGAGAAAUUCCAUCUUCAGUAAUCAAACAUGAAAUUAUUUAUUUCAUUGAGGAUCCGACCUUUAUACUUUAAUUGUAUAAAAUGAGUUAUGAAGUGCCAUAAUGGUUAAUUAGUAUUGUGGUUCGAAAUAUAAGCAGACUAUUGUUUCUCUUGA